AUGACAACAAUAAAAGCGCGCCAAAAAGCAUAUACCACAUUAUACUCUGAUGAACAAAAAUUUUGCUUGCAUCGAGAAUUGUUUACGUUGGAUGAAGAUCAAUUACAAAUAGAGGAGAACCCGUCAAAUGAGUACAUGUCAACUACACAAUUCACACUCAUCAUGCGACCAAACUUCGAUUCCUCCUCCUCCCAACAUAACCCUACAACGCCUUAUUUUCCAACCAUGUGUCCGCCACAACAACCUCAAUAUAAUUUUUGCGAGGAUCUUAACGUUAGUGAUUAUGAUUUAUUGGAAAGCAUUUGGUCUCCUCCGCAAGCUACAGCUCCUAGUCAAGAAAAUCCUUCAACAUCAGAUGCAACACAACAAAAUCCUCCAACAACAGAGACCAAACAACAAUAUGGUUUUGGUCAUCGUGCUCCGCGACCGUGUUAUUGUUUUACGGUACUCGUUUCGGACCGGGUCAUCAACAUUAAAUAG